GUGAGUAAGCCUGACAUCCUGAUGAGUGAUAAAUUUCCAGUGGAAGGAUCUACAAUGCGGAUGCAAUGCAGAGUGGAAAAUGGGACUGGACAGAUCAAGUAUGUGUGGCAACGUGAAACCAGCAGUGGUGACGUCACAAUAUUUGAACAGGGCAGCAGCAACAUUAUCAGUGUGAUCGCCAAUCGGAAUCACAUAGGCUGGUACCGCUGUGUGGCCAGUAACAACAUCAACAGCGAGACCUCUGAUCGCCUAUGGCUGGACAUCAUCUUUGGUCCAGAUGUUCCUCAAAUAGAUGUGACUCCACAGCGUACAAUAAAGGAGGGUUACUCAGCUCUGGAGACAGAGGCUGUUUCUUUGCUGUGUCAGGCCCUGUCCAAUCCAGCCAGUCAGUAUGUCUGGUUCUACAACAACUCCGAGGUCUACACCGGGCCGCAGUACAACAUCACCAGAGUCCUCCGCCAGCACACUGGUGACUACACCUGCUUGGCACAGAACAUCUACCUUAGCACCCGCUCCAAAAAAACCAUCAGCAUGACCAUCUACUAUCCACCUGAUGGCUCCCCUUCCUGUUCUGUGGAGCCGGCUCUGAAUCACACCUCUCUGAGGUUGCUGUGCUCCUGGCCUGGUGGAUUCCCCUCCCCUUCACUCAAAUGGACUGGAGACCUGAUACAUGCCAACACAGGGCAGCAACCCAGUUCAGCCUCCAGCACUGCCUCCAUCUUGCUGCCUUCUGGAGGCCUGACUUCUGACAGUUUGUUUACAUGCAUGGGCUCCCAUCCUGCCCUGAAACAGUCAACACAGUGUACCACACGCACAUAUAUUCCCCCUGCAGAGCCAGUGUGUUUUGCUUAUGUGACCACUGACAAACUGUAUCUGAUGCUAUCCUGCUCCUGGGAAGGAGGGGCCCCAAAAGCCUUGGUGUGGUGGGAGGGCCCAGCGGGCCAGGGCAAAGGUGGAGAAGAAAACUCCAACAUCCUGAUCCUCCGCUAUGGCACAGCUCGUGGUGGGAAACCUUACACCUGCCAUGCUAAACAUCCACUUCUGGUCCAAACCAAGACCUGCAAUGUCACACUGGAGGCCCCUGUGCUGCAGACGCAGCGCAGAGUCGUGACUGUGUACGAGGGGAGUGACGUCCAGCUUACCUGCAGUCUGAGAACCAACUAUCUUCCUGUCAAUGAAAUCACCUGGUUUAACAAUCAGGGUGUUGGUGUCCAGGACACCUCAAAGUACCUGCUUCUGAGAACGUCUGCAUGGGCCAAUCUGACUGUGAGGGACACAGAUGAAACUCAAGACAGCGGCGAGUACAGGUGCUCCACUUCCAACGCAGUGGGAGGAACUGAAAUCAACAUCACUUUAGUUGUCAAUAAGCACCCCAUGCCACCCAAUGCAACCCUCGUCAGAGUGAUGUACACCAGUCAACAGCGUAAUGAGGUGGAGCUGGAGUGGGUGGUAGAGAAAGAGGAAGCAGGAGGUUGGACAGGUUUCUUCCUGGAGCGCAGAUGGGUGUCUGAGCGUCCACGAAGGAAAGGAAGCAGCAAUGGUUCAAGUGAGCAAGUGAAAGAGAAGGUUGAUCCCACAGUGUGGGACCGUAACAUCAUCCAGGAUCCAGCUGUCAGGAUUCACACAGUGGGGAGUCUGACACCAACGAUUACCUACCAGUUCCGCAUCAUACCGAUCAACCACCGCACCGUCGGACACCCUUCUGCUGCAAAGACUCCAGUGGAACCACACAACAAUUUAUACCCUGCUGUGAUUGGAGCAGCUAUCGGUGGGAUGCUCAUUGCAGCCAUUCUUACUGUUCUGCUGCUCGUGUUCAUCCUCCGUAACCGCAGCAACAAUCCUCGACUCCAUGACUUGCUGUUUGGCUUGCAGAACAGCCAAUCAAGGUUAAACCUCAGCAUCCCAGAGGAUGAAAUGGUUGGUGGGUCAGAGGGAGGACCUGGUGGAUCAUCCAGUCCAACCAAGGCUUUACCCUUGGCAGCUUCACCCGUCACCUCCUCCUGA